GGAAGGAGCUCGAGGAGUACCGGCGGCGGCACGACGAUGGCGCGGCGAUGCCCGGAUGGGCGUGGAUGAUGUCCUGCGUCUUGUCGUGCUGCCAAGCUCAUCCCCGCGGGGUCACGGAAGGGAUUCUUCUCGCGGAGCUCUUCCAGGUGAGGUUUGUUUGGAUGCCGUAAUGGAGGUCGUUGUUCUGGACAUCCACGUCUUGCCUGGGAGUAAUAGCUAUCUUCUUACGCUUGGAGAUCUUUCCAGCGGGAACACAGUCGACCACUAUCUGCACCGAAAAUUUUUUGACAUGGUACAAGAUGAGGAGGGAACUAUUAAGAGAGGUCGAGAUCUACGCAUGACAGGUUGUAGGCUGAGAGUUGGAGCUGGAUCGUGUGCUCCGCGUCUUUUACCCACAGAGCACCUUGGCGAGGACCAAGAACACGAUGCAAUGCUGCUCGGCGCGCAGUUUCUCUCUGACACUUUCCCGUCUAUACAACGUGGAGCUGCCGGAGAUUACCAUAUUUAUGCCAAGUGUUGUUUCGCGUGAUCGAUCGAGUAUGGCUUAAUCACUUUGUGACGAAAAGUCCAUGGAGACUGAGACGAACGGCGACAGAAGAUGGAAAACAAUCUUGCUUGUUGAUAGUGAGGAAAUCACGGUGCCAUUCGUCCUGUGGAAUGACCAGGUUCCUAUUGCCAAUUUGCUAAAUGACGGAAGCAUGUUGGCCCUUGAACGACCCUUUGUAAACUGUGACACAAUGGAGAUAAGCCUGGAGUCUGGAACAUGCACUCGGAUCGAUUGUGUGCCGCCCUGUCUUCAACUCGAGCAAGAGGUGACAGUAGCGUCUGAUCACGAAACAUGUCUUGGAUCGGAAGUGCUAAUUCCACGCAACCCACACGGUGCUGUUGAUCUCAACCAUUUCCCCGCUCGUUUUAUGGUACAGCAGCGUUUGUUGGUUGUCAGAUUUCAUCUGCCAAGCAACCAUUUAUACUGUCUAUUAACGACGACACGGGAAUUAUCGAGAUUGAGCUUUAGUUCAUGCUGGAGAGCUGGUCUUUUGGCGAGGUUUAUUCCGGACAACUUGUGUUUAUAUCCGGCCUUGCUACUUAUACAGAUACUGGUGGAAGGCUGAAAUGUUCUUGGACCGAAAGCACGGAAGGAGCAUCUUUCGUGAACGUUUCCCAUCUCACUGCAGUCAUCUCUUCCCUGUGUCUUCACAGCAUUGUUCCUGUCUCUCGAUGGUCUGGCUAUGGCCAGGUAGGAGAGAUUUGAAACUCUCUCUUUGACCCGAGGAGAUGAUGUCAGGUGUGCAGAGUAAGGCUCGAAAGAGUGGAGCUCCACCUCCAUAAAUACAUGGUGCUUGUGGUCGGCGUGUGACGGAUGAAAGUGGCACUUGGUUUUGUUAUUUCUGUACAUGCAGUUGUGAUCAAGCAUCACUCUCUUUCCACGCAAAUGUCUAUCUUUUGACGUUGGAGAACCAGGCAGGGAAAUUUGUGCUAGAGUUGACUACAAAUUAUCACUUUUGAGCUUAUUUUUC